CACAUCAGCUGUACGUAGUAGGAGUUUGUAACGAUGAUGGCUAUUUUAAAACAAUAACACCGGGCGUUAAUAAGUAAAAUGUGGUCUCGGACCGAGCCCGUGGUUAUGUUCUCGCGAGGCUUUUUUCCCCGGAAGUGGAAGUGAAUAUAGGGUGACAAUACGCAGAGCAACAAUCGUCCGGUGUAAAAAUGUGUGAAAAUUAUUACAUUACAAACACGGUCAAAUUAACAUCACUAACAUCGGUUCCCAAUGAUGACGUGUUUGCUGUCAUUUUGGUUCCUUUGCCCGACUUUAACACGAAUGACUCCCACUUCUCCAGUUUGCGCGUUUUACUGACGUAGUAAAAUGGGAGAAUACAUUUGCAAAUUAUUUAAUGAAAUUCAGUGAGCUGCCAGUGUUAUUUUGCCCAAAAGCAACGCGUAUUGGACGGUUGAGCUUGUAUAGGGACACGGAGGAGGCGGAUACAGAGCCGGGUGCUGUGACGUCAUUGGUUGCUAAGUGAACGUGACCCUGAUGCCUUCACGAGACGCUCCUGCCCAGUUUACCCCUCGAUCGCCACGCUGCAACAACCACUCUACGUCCUCGCCUGCGCCGAGUUGGCACAAUGGCUUUUUGAAUUUUACAAAAAGUCGUAACCGAGAAGACGCCGUGCUUUGCUUUGGCAACGCACCCCAAGCUCUCUAUACUAUUUCUCUGCAAGAAUGGAGUUUCACUAUGCCCGCCCAGCUCCGCUCUCUGUGGCCCAGCUGUCAGACCCCGCCAGCUCCCAGCACAUGCUCCGACUUGGCCUGAACCCAAGUGCCAAUGGACAGAACGAUGACGGCGACACCGGCUCCUGUUUGGAAGUCUCUUCGUGCGUGCCCGGCAGACCUCCUCGCUCUCUCUCACCCACAGGCUAACCACAGCCAAUCACAGGGGUGCAGGGGGGAGGUGUCAGAGGGGAGUCAGCACUUAAUUGGUGAGUUGCACUAAGUGGGCUUUUUUAUAUUUUGCCACAUCUCAGGUGGGCUCGGCACUGCGGCGCAUCCUUCCUUGCCAGACAGUGAUGUUCUCACCGACUGGAUGACGGAAGAAGUCGACUUCUCCUCAUACCUCCCGAAUCCUCCCUCCCCUCCUUCCUCCACCAAUGCCUCCCUUCCCCCGUCACCCCUUCAGAAUGACAUCCACGUGCCCUCCGACUUAGAGGUUAUGACCUCUCUGCUGCAAGAGGAACUAGCCCAACUGGAAGACUACUUCCUGUCCGAGCCGCUGCCAGAGAAAGGUCCCAGGCUGGGAAGAUGUGACCGGGCUUCGCUGCUGACGGGUCCUCAGCCGUACAGUCAGCUGCCCUGCGCGUCGUACUCCGCACCCAACCAGUCGGAAUCCAGCCCGUUUCUGCUCACCCUGGCAAGCGGAGAAGUGGACUUGCUCGGUGUGUGUGCCGGGCCGGUAGGGCGGUCCAAAAUUCCCAGAUACACCCCGUACAGCUGCGGUCGCCCCAGUCCGUGCGCUCGGAAAAGAAUCCCAGACGGCGUGAGGUUAGGCGAAGGUUACGACCACAGUUCAAGUUCCAAAGGAAUCAACUCAGGUAACUCAUCACUCAGUUAUUGCUGCGUGGAAGAAGAGCAGUUAGCCGGCUACUGCCUGGGCGGUGCGGUCGAGCUCCGAAAAUGCGGCGUUCUCGCAAAAGAAGACAAAAACUGCCGCUUCAAUCACAACGCUGUCGGCAACGCAAAGGCGGCCACCGCCGCUGGCGGAUUCCAUUUUGCCGCAUCCCUUCACGACCCGCCAAAGAAAGAAGAUCUGUUGAUGUACAGCAUGAGAGAGGUGAGCAGCGGCGCCGCUAACAGCGAGGUGCUGUCCGGCGUCAAGACUGGCGCGGAGGUGCCAAAAGCGACAGUUUCUUGGAAAGCCCAGAGCAGUGACAGCUGCAGUUAUCUUUCGGGUACACCGCAGUCCGAGACCUACCACGGCUUCUUCACCGAGCAGGUCAAAGCGGAGAAUCUACAGAUAGGCCAGCAUGACUUGCACUGUAAUUUCCUGGAGGAUCCUGGUCCAGAGUGUCUUUUGAUGGCGAGGGACAGUCUGAACUUGGAAUCUUGCAGGUUGAAGGAAGACCACUGUGCCGUGAAAUACGAAUUUGAUGUCAUUCCCGCAGAAGGCGGAGGCGAGCGCAAACAGAAGAAGCGAGAUCAGAACAAAACAGCCGCCCAUAGGUAUCGCCAAAGAAAAAGGGCAGAGUUAGAUUCGUUGGAAGAACAGCUUCACUGCCUGGAAGUGAGGAACCGCGAGCUGCGUGACAAGGCAGAGUCCGUCGAGCGUGAAAUCCAGUACGUCAAAGACCUCCUGAUCGAAGUUUACAAGGCCAGAAGCCAAAGGCUAAAGCAGGAUGCAACAGGAUAACCCCAAAGUCCCGCCAAGAAAUCAGUACAGGGAAGUUGUGGAGCUCUUCAUGUCAUUUUGAUUAGCCACGAUUGAAUGUUGCUUUAUUUUUAAUACUUAUUGCAUGUUUAAAGAAAAAAAAAACAACCCACACACACACAAAUCAUCAAACUAAGAGACGGAACAUUGCUUUGACACUCUCCAACGCUUCAGGCCGGCAAUGUCGUGAUGACAAUCAACGUGUCAUGCUGUGUGAAUCGCCGAAUUCGAAUAGGGUUACUUAUUUCUAUUUAAAAAAAAAAGGAACAAUCACGCCAGUUAAGAUUUUGUUGGCCUUACUUUCCCCUGCCCCUCUUCAAUUUUUUUAAAAACAAUUUCCGAUAGAAAAGCUGAAUGGUGUCAAUUCACGUGGAACUAAAUUAAAACAUUUCGACUGCUCUGUUAUAAAUUAUAUUUAACAUCAAUUAUUUUAAUCUAGACAAAAUGUGUCACGGAUUAUUAAUUUACGGGAAUGCCAAUAUGCAUCACCUUAACAAAAAUGUCCGAUACUUUAAAAAAAAAAAUUUAAUAUUACUUUGUCAACUUAAUUUAAUUGUGCCGUUUUAUUGUAAAUAGUCUAUUUUUUAAAUGUUAGAGGCCGUUGAUUGACGUUAGCUUUGAUGCAGCAACACCGAAUGAGGUUUUCAUAUUUUGAAUAGGUGCUUUUUCCUCUUUUGGUUACACGUUUGAUUUUCCUGAUUCUUGUUCCGAUUCAAUUUCAUUGUGAAGACUUUUUGAUAGAUUUGGCAUUUUCCCCCUCAAUUAUAUACCAAAUUAUACAGUAUAUUAACACAGCUCAGGAUAUACAAUUUGUUAUCCGGUAAACUGUCUCGACCUUCGGAAAUGCCCGAGGAGGAAAUUAUUCAUGCGUCUUCCAGGUGAACUUAAAAAUAUUCCACUUAUGCAUUUUUCUUGUGGCUAGAUACGGAAAGGACACUUUUGCUGCGUGUCUUUCUGCAAGGAAAAAAAAAAUUUGAUUUCGGGAUGAAUCAGGAUUCUUAUUAACGCAACUCGUCUCAUGAGCCUCAGGCUAAUUGCACUAAUUUGUACAAACUUUUAUAUGUUGAGCGAAUAGAGUGUAAUGGUCCUCGCUUUGUAGCAAAUUAACUGAGAAAAGCCUCAUUAGAUAGUUUGUUAACGAUGCGCCGGAAUGCGUAACUUUGGAUUUCCACUGCUGGGAGAAAUCCUACUGGGCAUAUUUUUUUUUCCUAUGCAUUUAUUUGAAGACAAUCUUGAAUAUAAGCCAAGAUAUUAUUAUUAUUUAUUCAAUUUACAAGACACUAAGGAGACCCGUGGCUUUGCCUCAUUGCGGUUGUACUGCCAAGUCGUAGUUAUCGGCCGGCAGGACAAUUCAAAGUCACGGGAUCUCAUACUCGAAAUAAAAUGUUCUGAUUUAAAUUCCACUUCAUCAUCAAACCAGCGUGUAUGUCGAUCGUUGACUUUUUGCCGUUAAAAAUAAAAGUGUGGCAUUAUAA